AGCACAUUUUCUGUAUCAUUCCUGGUAGCAUUCACUGAACAUUCAUAGGUUAGUCUGGAUGGACCACUAGCGUCUGCCCCACCACCAUGACAUCAGCCUCUUUCCGCGCCACUUCACAGGCCGCCAAUUUCCAAUGCCGCAACAACACUCCUCAAUCUCACCGUUUUCCACCUUCCUGAUCGCGACUUUCUUCCUGUGCUCCCUCUUCCCAGGAACCUUCGUCUCCAUCCUCUGGGCACCCUACAAUUCCCUCGCCGCCUACUACUUCCCCGCCGCCGCACCGCGCAGCACCGUACUCUGCACCAGCCCCAACAUCUGCACCGCUGCGCCCACAAUGUCGUGGACACAAAAGCAAUUCACCCUGCCCUCGCGCAGCCGCGGGUCAUACCUCAUAACCGACACCGUGCUCGACGCGCUCCCCGAGAUCAAAUCCUACAAGACGGGGCUGCUGCACCUCUUCAUCCAGCACACGUCGUGCGCACUCAGCCUGAACGAGAACUGGGACGAGGACGUGCGCGCCGACAUGAGCACGGCGCUGGACCGCAUUGUGCCCGAGGACAAGAAGCGGCAGGGGCUGUACCGCCACGAUGCCGAGGGCAGCGACGAUAUGCCGGCGCAUGUCAAGAGUGCGCUGGUGGGUGCGAGUGUUAUGGUGCCGAUUACGAAUGGGCGUCUGAAUACGGGGACGUGGCAGGGCGUGUGGUAUUUGGAGUUUCGGGAUGGGAGGCAUUCGCGGAAGGUGGUGGCGACGAUUCAGGGCGAGAAGAAUUGAGUGGGGGUCGAAUGGAGAGGUGUUGCGAUUUACACUCCAGGCCGCGGUGCAUCUAGGGAAGGGCGGAGGUAGAUGGUAGGGAGAUGAUUUAUGACGGUAAACCAGUUUUUUUACUUGUUGUAGAGCCCGUCAUAACACCCCGUCCUGCUUGGAGGAGAGCGUCGGUUGGAGAGCAGCAAGCUGUAGAACCACGUAAAAUGGAAAACUUCGCCGAUGGAAGGCAGAGCAUGUGCAGCAACAAGAUCAUGGGCCAGGACCG